AUGCAAAAAGUCUUGGAAAAGGCACAAUUGUUGGCAGCCUUAUCGGGGUGCAGGCUUUACGGACGUGAGGGUUUGCUGCGUGCGGCAGUGCGCGCCGCCAUGUUGGGCGGGUCGCGUGCCUGCCUGCUGCUCGCAGCUCUGCUGACAAUCCUUUAUUCAGGCUGGUGUUCGGAAGAUGAAGAGCGUCUAGUCCGCGAUCUGUUCCGUGGUUACAAUAAACUAAUACGGCCUGUACAAAACAUGACCCAGAAGGUUGAUGUCCGCUUCGGCCUAGCUUUUGUUCAACUCAUUAACGUCAACGAAAAAAAUCAGAUUAUGAAAUCAAACGUAUGGCUCCGAUUAGUUUGGAUGGACUAUCAAUUGAUGUGGGACGAAGCCGACUACGGUGGAAUUGGAGUUCUACGUCUACCACCUGAUAAAGUUUGGAAACCUGACAUCGUGCUAUUUAACAACGCUGACGGUAACUAUGAAGUCCGAUAUAAAUCUAACGUUUUAAUUUAUCCUAAUGGAGAAGUAUUGUGGGUGCCGCCGGCCAUUUAUCAGAGUUCAUGUACAAUCGACGUGACAUAUUUUCCAUUCGAUCAGCAAACGUGCAUCAUGAAAUUCGGCUCGUGGACUUUCAAUGGCGACCAAGUGUCACUAGCCUUAUACAACAAUAAGAACUUCGUCGACUUGUCCGAUUACUGGAAAUCGGGCACAUGGGACAUUAUCGAAGUACCGGCCUAUUUAAACAUUUACGAAGGAAAUCACCCCACGGAAACCGACAUCACAUUUUAUAUCAUCAUCAGGCGCAAAACACUGUUCUACACAGUGAACUUGAUCUUACCCACUGUUUUGAUCUCGUUUCUCUGUGUACUCGUCUUUUAUCUGCCAGCUGAAGCAGGCGAGAAAGUAACAUUGGGUAUCAGUAUUUUACUGUCACUGGUUGUGUUUCUGUUAUUGGUAUCAAAGAUUCUACCGCCGACGUCUCUAGUGCUGCCUCUCAUAGCGAAGUAUCUGUUGUUCACUUUUAUCAUGAACACAGUCAGUAUACUUGUCACAGUUAUCAUUAUCAACUGGAAUUUCAGAGGUCCGAGGACGCACAGAAUGCCAUUGUGGAUCCGGAGCGUUUUCUUACACUAUUUGCCAGCGGCGCUGCUAAUGCAACGUCCACGGAAGACUCGUCUCCGCUGGAUGAUGGAGAUGCCGGGUAUGGGUGCCCCGCCCCACGCUGCUGCUCCAGCUCCUCAUGAUCUACCCAAGCAUAUCAGUGCUAUUGGCGCUAAGCAGAGUAAAAUGGAAGCAAUGGAACUGUCAGAUCUUCAUCAUCAUCCUAAUUGCAAAAUCAACCGGGCAGCUGGUGGAGGAGAAAUCGGAGCAUUAGGUGGUUUAGGUAGCGCGCUCGGAGGGCUCGGUCUUGGAGGAGAAAGACGAGAAUCAGAGAGCUCAGAUUCCCUUCUCUUAUCGCCCGAAGCGGCAAAAGCUACAGAGGCAGUUGAAUUUAUUGCAGAGCAUUUACGAAAUGAAGAUCUUUACAUACAGACUCGGGAAGACUGGAAGUACGUCGCCAUGGUGAUCGACAGGCUACAACUGUAUAUCUUCUUCAUAGUCACUACAGCAGGAACUGUCGGUAUAUUGAUGGAUGCUCCCCAUAUCUUCGAGUAUGUAGACCAAGACCGGAUCAUAGAAAUUUAUAGAGGAAAGUAG